AGGAAAACCACUCGGAAGUCGGAAGGUAAAGAAAGGUGAAUUGGGUGCUGAGCAACGGCGUGUCCUCUGCCGUUUGCUUCCCCAGGCCUACUGCUUAGAAGUUAGAAGCCCGCCGAAGAGAACCCUUCCUUCCGUAACCCCGGCAAUGGCGGACGCAAAACCCUUACCCUAGAUAAGUAGACCGAUAAAGAAAGGCAAAACCCUGGCUCUCUCUGAUCUCUCCUCCCCCUCCUCCUUUAUCUCUCCCCCCUCCCCCUCCCUCUCAUCCCCUCCAUUUCUAGGGCUCCCAAUCCUUCUAAACGUUCUACCCUAGUUAUUGCACUCACUCCUCCCCUCUUCGAUCCAUGGAACCAGACUCCCCUCCUGCCUCCGAAUCGUCCCUGAAGCACAAGGCCGACGCCCUCUCCUCCGCUGCCGCCAAGCUCGCCGGGCGCUCCCGAGGAAUCCCCUCCGAUAGGGACUUCCACUUCUACAACAACUUCGCCGAGUUCAAGGCCCCACUCAGUGAGAUCAUCGCCAAUUCCGAGGCUUCUUUGAGGAGCGUCGCCGCCUCCCCCCUCCUCUGGGGCAGCAAGAAGCCCCCGCCGUUCCCGGACGAUCUCGACGAGGCUUUUGAUUGGCUGGUCAACCUCAACGACGAUUUCCUCGAAAGGUUUGGCGUCUCCAUGGACGAAUUCAAGAGCCUGAGGGAGAAGGAAGAGGAGAGCGGGGUAAAGAUUGGGGGGGAGGACGAGAGCGGGUUUCAGCUGGUUUAUGGGAAGAAGAAGAGGGCUAGCAUGCGCGAGAAUGAGAAAGAUGAGGAUUUUUUGUCUUCAAACUCAUCGCAGGGUGUUAAGGUGGCGAUGAGGGACAAAAUGACGACGACCGCGGCGCGCUCCAAGGUUCCUUUUCAUAUACCCACCAUCCCCCGGCCACAGGAUGAGUAUCAUAUCCUAGUGAACAACAAGAACCAGCCCUUUGAGCACGUUUGGCUUGAGAAGAGCGAGGACGGGGGACAGUUUAUCCACCCAUUGGAAAAGCUGGCUGUUCUGGACUUUGUUGAUAGAAAUAUUCGUGAAGUUGAGCCAGUAAAACCUCUCCCUUUGGAGAGUACCCCAUUCAAGCUUGUGGAGGAAGUGAAAGCACUGAAGGACCUAGCUUCUAAUUUGAGGGGUGUCUCUGAGUUUGCGGUUGAUUUGGAGCACAAUCACUAUAGAUCUUUUCAGGGGCUGACUUGUCUGAUGCAAGUAUCUACAAGAAAUGAGGAUUUUAUAAUAGACACCCUCAAGCUCCGUAUACAUGUUGGCCCAUAUCUAAGAGAAAUUUUUAAAGAUCCAUCCAAGAGAAAGGUAAUGCAUGGGGCUGAUCGUGACAUACUGUGGCUUCAACGGGACUUUGGCAUCUACGUGUGCAAUAUGUUUGACACUGGGCAGGCAUCGAGGUUGUUGCAGUUGGAGAGAAAUAGUCUUGAGUAUCUUUUGCAUCACUUUUGCGGAGUAAAUGCAAACAAAGAAUAUCAGAAUGCAGAUUGGAGGUUGCGCCCUCUUCCUGAUGAAAUGAUCAAGUAUGCCAGAGAAGACACACACUACCUCUUACAUAUAUAUGACCUAAUGAAAAUCAGAUUGUUAUCAUCAUCAACAAACGAAAGUGAUCUCCUUCUAGAGGUCUACAAGCGCAGCAAUGAGAUUUGCUUGCAACUAUAUGAGAAAGAACUUUUAACAGAUACGUCGUAUCUGUAUAUAUACGGGUUGCAGGAAGCUGAGUUCAGUGCAAAACAACUAGCAAUCGUUGCUGGGUUAUGUCAAUGGAGAGAUAGUGUUGCUCGGGCAGAGGAUGAGAGCACUGGGUAUAUACUACCCAACAAAACUCUACUUGAGAUUGCAAGGCAGAUGCCUCUUUCUUCUGGAAAGUUACUCCGACUGGUUAGAUCGAAGCAUCCAUUUGUUGAGCGCUACCUCAGUUCUGUCAUUGGCAUCAUUAGGAGUUCCAUUGUGAAUUCUGCUGCUUUCGAGAGUAUAGCUGAGCAACUAAAGAAGGGGCGGCUAGAACAAUCAGCACCAGAAAGUAAAGAGGCUCAAGGUGAUGUUGGUGGUGGUGCUAAUAAAAGCAGUACUAUGCAAAAAGCCGAAACGGCUUCAGCUCCUACCACUUCUACUGAUCGUGCCUGUCCUGGAGAUUCUGAACUUAUAACCAGUCAACAGGGAGAAGAGAAAAUGAAAACGAUCUCACCAUCUGAAACUGGGAGGUCGCUGAUGCUAUCUGACCAUCCUGUAGCUAUGGAUGUAGAAAAUGUGGGAAAUGGAAACCCACUACCCACUAGGAAAGCAACAGUGGCUUCAGUCCAAAUAUUGAAGAAACCAACAGCUUUUGGCUCAUUAUUAGGAAAUUCAUCUUCUGGAAGGAAGCCAGAUUCCUCUAGAGGGGCUGCUAAUAAGCACGAUGAGAGCAAGAACAAAGUUGAGAAAAUCAAGUCUUCAGUAAUACUUCCAUUCCAUUAUUUCUCAGGUACAGACAAUAAGCUUUCAGAUGCUAGUCGAUCGGAAAUGAAUGGUCCACACCAAGAAAAUUUGCAGCAGGGAAAUAAAGAUUCCACCGACUCAGUGAAUAUGGAAGAAGUAAUACCAUUGGAUAAUGAAACCAACAAUUCUGGUUCCUCGAUGGGAAGCCCAACUACUGAUGAUGCUGCUAAGCACAGGCCAUGGUUUCCUCCAAUUCAAGAAAAUAGUGGCAAUGAAGGCCUUCAAGAAGAAACCGAUUCAGUGGAGAAGCCUGUGUCGCCAUCUGAGCUCGCCUCCAGUUUCGAGAAAUGCUUUCAGUUGAUGAAGCAGAGAAGAAGCUCUCAACAAAACCUAAGUACAUCUCAGGAGGCUCAGGUAACUUUCCAGUUGAAGCCAUUCGACUACGCCGCAGCGAGAAAGAAUAUAAAAUUUGGGAACAUUGGGGAGUAUGAUGGAGCCAAAGGCGACGACGAUGAUGAUGGGGUUAAGGCCUCGAGGGAUUCAGCAGGUGAUAAGCGGAAAGGUGCACCGGUUGGUCGGGGUCGUGGUGAAGAGAAGGGAAAAAGUUCUCAGCAACCACGUCGGCGGCAGGCUUUUCCUCUUUCAGGCAAUAGAAGCACAACUUAUCACUAGCUUUUGAGAAUGUAUACUCAAAAUAUUUCCUUGUUCUUGCCUGAAAUUGCUUGUCUGAGCAGAGAAAUGGAGAACAAAAAACAAUAAACAAAUAGGGAGCAUGACAAUUCAUUCUAUUUCAAUUUUCUGAUACCAUACCAUAACUA